UUGGGAGUGGAGGCGGAGAGAGGGAGAUAGAGAGCGGCUCUGCUGGAGAGGGGUGUGAGUGAGGGGCACCGUGCCUGCAGCCAUGGCUCCCCUCUCGUGUGUGUGCCUCACUGGGAGCACCUGGGCUGUGGGUGCGGCGCCACGGCUCCUCUAGAACCACAAGUCCCAGCAUGCCUUAGUUGCCGGCCAGAGGCGGGGUAUAGGAGGCCUGCGGCAGGUCAGUGAGAAGUAGCAGCUGCGCUGUCGCCAAUCUGUUCUCCAGCACAUAAAAUGGAAGCUUGUCACCCGCGGGGUCUGUCUGUCCAUCCAGGAGCGAGAUUUAUCUAGGAACGAAACCGGCAGCAACAACAAAGUGACGCAGGAUGAAUGAGUUGAAUCUUAGCGCUGUGGGUAUGGACCAGCUGACUGCUUCCUCCGUUGCCAACGCUCUCCCGGUCACGGCGAGCCACCUGGGGCUCACGUCAUCACCGCCUCACAAUGCCCUCACCGCGCCAGGUCUGCCAGUGGCUAUCCCUAACCUCGGCCCGUCUUUGAGUUCGCUUCCUUCUGCCCUCUCCGUCAUGCUUCCAAUGGGAAUUGGGGAUCGGGGUGUAAUGUGUGGCCUCCCGGAGAGGAAUUACACGCUGCCACCGCCACCGUACCCGCACCUGGAGAGUAGCUACUUCCGGCACAUACUGCCUGGAAUCUUAUCCUAUUUAGCGGACCGGCCGCCCCCCCAGUACAUACACCCCAGUUCUCUGAAUGUGGACGCUAACGGUGGCCUUCCUGUUUCCAGCAAUACCUCGUCUCUGGACCAUUACCAGUCGGGGGGCUCGGUGGGACUGGAGGCUGGAAUAGUGUCCCUGGACUCUGGCUCAGUAGGCGGACAUGGUGGCCAGCGCUUACACCCCAGUGAUGCCCAUGAGGUGGUGCUGGAAGCAGGGAUGAGCAUGGAUAAUGUGUCCCGGGUUACCAGCCCUAUAACAACAGACCGCAUUACAGAGGAGCUGACGAUAGAAGGGGUGACCGGGGAGCACGCUCAGAUCUCCAGUGUUUCACAUUCCCACGAGUCCCUGACCGUGGAUGCCAACCUACCUCCCGACGCUGUCGGCCUCCCCCUGCACAGCGGAUCACUGGAGCUUCCCGUUGUCAUGGAAACGGAGCAUCACAUGGUCGCUCGGUCCGGCAUCUCGGAGAGCUCCCUCAGCGACGCCAUCCACACGGUGUCUUUGAGCAGUAACCCCGUUAGCGUGGCGCUCUCUACUUCCCACCAGCUCUCAUCGCUGACCUCGGUGUCCCUGCACGCGGCUGGGAUCAGCUUGGAGCCAGUCACGGUGUCUUCCAUUACCCAGGAGGUGUCGCUGGCAGGCGGGCACGUGGAUGACGGGAAUCUGACCUUUGUUCCGUCCUCGCUGCAGAUAGAUUCCAAUUCCGAUAAGGAAAACAUGGCCACUCUCUUUACAAUCUGGUGUACGCUGUGUAACCAGGCGUAUCCAUCUGACUGCCCAGAGCACGGGCCCGUUACCUUCAUUCCAGACAGACCCAUCGAGAGCAGGGCCCGUCUGUCCCUUCCCAAGCAGCUGGCGCUGCGGCAGUCUGUGACCGGGGCUGAUGUGGGUGUGUGUGCCCAGGAGGAUAUUGCCGUCAGGACCUGCUUUGGACCAUUGAUAGGACAAGAGAGCCAGACCCUGGAGGUUGCCGGCUGGACGGACAAAUCUGCCAAUCACAUCUGGAAGAUUUACAACAACAACGUGAUGGAAUUCUGCAUCAUAACCACGGACGAGAACGAAUGUAACUGGAUGAUGUUUGUCCGUAAGGCGAGGAACCCGGAGGAACAGAAUCUGGUGGCUUACCCUCAUGACGGGAAGAUCUAUUUCUACACCACACAGGACAUUCCGGCACAGGAAGAGCUGUUGUUCUAUUACAGCCGGGACUAUGCCGUGCAGAUGGGAUUACCUGAGCAGCCCGAGCUGCUGCUGUGUCACUGUGGAAAGGAAUGCUCGUCCUACGUGGAGUUCAAGUCUCACCUGAGCAGCCACGUUAACAGCCACCUCCCCAGCGAGUCCCUGAGCAGCGAGGACACCAGCCCGGGACUGACCCCCAGCAAGGAGCGCAAGUGGAAAUGUACCGUGUGCGCCCGCUGCUUUUCCUCCUCCUCUAAACUCAAUGUACACUACAUGGGGCACAUGGGCAUGAAGCCCCACAAAUGCGAGUUCUGCAGCAAAGCCUUCAGCGACCCCAGCAACCUGCGCACGCAUCUCCGGAUACACACGGGGCAGAAGAAUCACCGCUGCGGACUCUGUGACAAAUCCUUCACGCAGAAAGCACACCUGGCCUCCCACAUGGUGAUCCACACCGGCGAGAAGAAUUUAAAAUGUGACUUCUGUGAGAAGAUGUUCAUGAGGAGGCAGGACCUGAAGCAGCACAUUCUCACUCACACGCGAGAACGACAGAUAAAGUGCCCGAAAUGCGACAAACAGUUCUGCAGAACCAACCAUCUCAAAAAACACCUCAACUCCCACGAAGGAAAGAGGGACUUUGUGUGCGAGAAGUGCUCCAAGGCUUUCCUCACCAAGUACCACCUCACCCGCCACCUGAAGAUCUGCAAAGGUCCCAGCACUGCGCCUCUGACAGACCAGGAUGAGGAAGAGGAGGACUCUGAGGAGGAGGAAGAGUUACUCAGCGCAGACUGCCAUGUGUUCGGCGCAGACGGACAGCUGUCGUCGCACACGUGACACCAGAGGUCCUAGCACUAUUUAUUCUAUUUAUUGUGUGUAGGAAACCAGAACAGGGUCAAGCUCUUGAGAAGCGGAAUAGGACAACCGUGGACUUCUGUAACACCGGGCUCCAUCCUUUUCUAUAAGGAGCCGCGGGUGUUACGCCUGUGUACAUACGGAGCUAACUGUGUAAAUAAAGACUGUGUAAAAUCUCGUGCUUUCUUCUGGAGA